AUGUGGAAGAGAUCUGAGCAGAUGAAAAUACAAUCAGGAAAAUGCAACAUGGCAGCAGCAAUGGAAACAGAACAGCUGGGUGUUGAGAUCUUUGAAACUGCAGAGUGUGAGGAGAAUAUUGAAUCACAGGAUCGUCCUAAAUUGGAGCCAUUUUAUGUUGAGCGAUAUUCCUGGAGUCAGCUUAAAAAGCUGCUUGCUGAUACCAGAAAAUAUCAUGGCUAUAUGAUGGCUAAGGCACCACAUGAUUUUAUGUUUGUGAAGAGGAAUGAUCCAGAUGGGCCUCAUUCAGACAGGAUCUAUUACCUUGCUAUGUCUGGUGAGAACAGAGAAAAUACACUGUUUUAUUCUGAAAUUCCCAAAACCAUCAACAGAGCAGCAGUCUUAAUGCUCUCUUGGAAGCCUCUUUUGGAUCUUUUUCAGGCAACACUGGACUAUGGAAUGUAUUCUCGAGAAGAAGAACUAUUAAGAGAAAGAAAACGCAUUGGAACCGUUGGAAUUGCUUCUUAUGAUUAUCACCAAGGAAGUGGAACAUUUCUCUUUCAAGCUGGUAGUGGAAUUUAUCAUGUAAAAGAUGGAGGGCCACAAGGAUUUACUCAACAACCCUUACGGCCAAAUUUAGUAGAGACUAGUUGUCCCAACAUUCGUAUGGAUCCUAAAUUAUGCCCGGCUGAUCCAGACUGGAUUGCUUUUAUACACAGCAAUGAUAUUUGGAUAUCCAACAUUGUAACCAGAGAAGAAAGAAGGCUCACCUAUGUGCACAAUGAGCUAGCCAACAUGGAAGAAGAUCCCAGAUCAGCUGGAGUUGCUACCUUUGUUCUUCAAGAAGAAUUUGAUAGAUACUCUGGCUACUGGUGGUGUCCAGAAGCUGAAACAACUCCCAGUGGCAGCAAAAUUCUUAGAAUUUUGUAUGAAGAAAAUGAUGAAUCUGAGGUGGAAAUUAUUCAUGUUACAUCCCCUAUGUUGGAAACAAGGAGGGCAGAUUCAUUCCGUUAUCCUAAAACAGGCACAGCAAAUCCAAAAGUCACCUUUAAGAUGUCAGAAAUAAUGAUUGAUGCUGAAGGAAGGAUUAUCGAUGUCAUAGAUAAGGAACUGAUUCAACCUUUUGAGAUUCUGUUUGAAGGAGUUGAAUAUAUUGCCAGAGCUGGAUGGACUCCAGAGGGAAAAUAUGCUUGGUCCAUUCUACUAGAUCGCUCCCAAACUCGCCUACAGAUAGUGUUGAUCUCACCUGAAUUAUUUAUCCCAGUAGAAGAUGAUGCCAUGGAAAGACAGAGACUCAUCGAGUCGGUGCCUGACUCUGUGACGCCACUGAUUAUCUAUGAAGAAACAACAGACAUCUGGAUAAAUAUCCAUGACAUCUUUCAUGUUUUUCCCCAAAGUCAUGAAGAUGAAAUUGAAUUUAUUUUUGCCUCUGAAUGCAAAACAGGUUUUCGUCAUUUAUACAAAAUUACAUCCAUUUUAAAGGAGAGCAAAUAUAAACGAUCCAGUGGUGGGCUGCCUGCCCCAAGUGAUUUCAAGUGUCCUGUCAAAGAGGAAAUAGCAAUUACCAGUGGUGAAUGGGAAGUUCUUGGCCGGCAUGGAUCUAAUAUCCAGGUUGAUGAAGUCAGGAAACUGGUGUAUUUUGAAGGCACCAAGGACUCUCCUUUAGAACAUCACCUGUAUGUGGUCAGUUAUGUAAAUCCUGGAGAGGUGACAAGGCUGACUGACCGUGGCUAUUCCCACUCUUGCUGCAUCAGCCAGCAUUGUGACUUCUUUAUAAGUAAGUAUAGUAACCAGAAGAAUCCACACUGUGUGUCCCUUUACAAGCUAUCAAGUCCUGAAGAUGACCCAACUUGCAAAACAAAGGAAUUUUGGGCCACCAUUUUGGAUUCAGCAGGUCCUCUGCCUGACUAUACCCCUCCAGAAAUUUUUUCUUUUGAAAGUACUACUGGAUUUACAUUGUAUGGGAUGCUGUACAAACCUCAUGAUCUACAACCUGGAAAGAAGUACCCCACUGUGCUGUUCAUAUAUGGUGGUCCUCAGGUGCAGUUGGUGAAUAAUCGAUUUAAAGGAGUCAAGUAUUUCCGCUUGAAUACCCUAGCCUCUCUGGGUUAUGUGGUUGUAGUGAUAGACAACAGGGGAUCCUGUCACCGAGGGCUUAAAUUUGAAGGCGCCUUUAAAUAUAAAAUGGGUCAAAUAGAAAUUGACGAUCAGGUGGAAGGACUCCAAUAUCUAGCUUCUCAAUAUGAUUUCAUUGACUUAGAUCGUGUGGGCAUCCAUGGCUGGUCCUAUGGAGGAUACCUCUCCCUGAUGGCAUUAAUGCAGAGGUCGGAUAUCUUUAGGGUUGCUAUUGCUGGGGCCCCAGUCACUCUGUGGAUCUUCUAUGAUACAGGCUACACGGAACGUUACAUGGGCCACCCUGACCAGAAUGAACAGGGCUAUUACUUAGGAUCUGUGGCCAUGCAAGCAGAAAAGUUUCCCUCUGAACCAAAUCGUUUACUACUUUUACAUGGGUUCUUGGAUGAGAAUGUCCAUUUUGCACACACCAGUAUAUUACUGAGUUUUUUAGUGAGGGCCGGAAAGCCCUAUGAUUUACAGAUCUAUCCUCAGGAGAGACACAGCAUAAGAGUCCCUGAAUCUGGAGAACAUUACGAACUGCAUCUUUUGCACUACCUUCAAGAAAACCUUGGAUCGCGUAUUGCUGCUCUGAAAGUGAUAUAA